AUGCCGGACUGCGCACGCUUGAAGAAAGGAUUGCCGCAGCGGUUGGUUCUCAGAAUUAUGAGCAGGGGUAGCCAAGGGGAUCUGCAGGUUGCUGGCCUCGGCCAGUCUGGCACAAUCGUAAUUGGCGGUGAUGGGGCCUUCAGGGCUCUUCCUGCCAAGCGCGCCCUCACAGAUAGCGCGGUAACAGGCAGCGCCGAGAAGUUCCGCAUCACGACUGUCUUCGCAGCAGAUGGACGCUACGUUCAUCUCCGGAAGCCAAUGGAAGAAAAGGAGCCACCGGAGCCAUCCAGCCGAAACAAGGCACCUAGCCGUCCUAGCUCGUCCGAGCCAGCGGCAAGAGCACCGAGCGCACCGACCGCCCUCAGCCAGGGCAGCCGGGGCAGCCGGAUGGACUUCCCGGAUGCGCAAACCGCAGAAUCUCGGCGGGCGAGCGAUGCGCGCGGAGUCUGGACGGUGCAGCAGGGUGGUUGCAUAGAAGUCCGUGUGCCACAGACCGCGACGGGAUCAGGGCUUGCUGUGUUCGACUCUGCUAAAGACGUUCCACAUGGAAGUGGCACUCCCAAGCCGAAAGAGUCGUGGCUCGACUCGCGCCUGAAGCAUGCCCAAGAAGCCCAAGCUCAGCCAAUUGCUUUCUGGAGUCGACGAGGAGCGCAGCAGGAAGAGCAGCAGGAAGGCCUUGAGGAUGCUGCCAGUGCAAGUCUGGAGGUCAAGAUUUCAAAGAGAAGCCCGACAUCCUUCAAAGAGAGCUCAGCCAGCCUGAAGAUCAGGGCUCCUUCCAUGCAGAUGCUGGAUCGAAUUAUUUUAGACUCGGUGGAUGGCUUGGUUUCAGAGAUGCGGCCUGUUCUAUCCUAG